GCGCUGCUGUGAUUGGUGGGGCACCGCCGUGGGCGUUGACGACGGGCAGCUGGCGCGAAACCUUGCUCCACUCUUGCUGUGUAGGAGAGCUAUCCACCGGGUGCGUCCGGGUUCCUUGCGGGCGUCGGCAGGGAGCAGAUUUCCCGGGUUUCACCAGCACCAUGUCGUCCCCGUCGUCUACCCCGAGCCGCCGCGGCAAUCGGCGCGGGCGGGUCACACCUGCGCAGACGCCUCGAAGUGAAGAUGCCAGGUCGUCACCGUAUCAGAGACGUAGGGGCGAAGAUUCUACCUCUACAGGAGAGUUACAGCCCAUGCCGACCUCACCUGGAGCUGACCUGCAGAGCCCUGCCGCGCAGGAUACGUUAUUUUCCAGCCCUGCUCAGAUACAUUCCUCAGCAAUUCCCGUGGACUUUGAUGUUAGUUCACCACUGACAUAUGGCACUCCCAGCUCUCGGGUGGAGGGAACCCCAAGGAGUGGUGCUAGAGGCACACCUGUGAGGCAGAGGCCUGACCUGGGGUCUGCACGGAAGGGCCUGCAGGUGGAUUUGCAGUCUGAUGUGCCAGCAACAGAAGAUAUAGUGGCAAGUGAGCAGUCUCUGGGACAAAAACUUGUGAUUUGGGGAACAGACGUAAAUGUGUCAACAUGCAAAGAAAAUUUUCAGAGAUUCCUUCAACGUUUUAUUGACCCUCUGGCUAAAGAAGAAGAAAAUAUUGGCAUAGAUAUUACUGAACCUCUGUACAUGCAACGACUUGGGGAGAUUAAUGUCAUCGGGGAGCCAUUUUUAAAUGUAAACUGUGAACACAUAAAAUCAUUUGACAAAAAUCUAUACAGACAGCUCAUCUGCUACCCACAGGAAGUUAUCCCAACCUUUGACAUGGCUGUCAAUGAAAUCUUCUUUGACCGUUACCCUGAUUCAAUUUUGGAACAUCAGAUUCAAGUAAGACCAUUCAAUGCAUUAAAGACGAAGAAUAUGAGAAACCUGAAUCCAGAAGACAUCGACCAGCUCAUUGCCAUCAGUGGCAUGGUAAUCAGGACAUCCCAGCUGAUUCCAGAGAUGCAAGAGGCCUUCUUCCAGUGCCAAGUGUGUGCCCACACAGCCCGGGUAGAGAUUGACCGUGGCCGCAUUGCUGAGCCCUCUGUUUGUGAGCGCUGCCACACCACUCACAGCAUGGCACUGAUCCACAACCGCUCUGUGUUCUCUGACAAACAGAUGAUCAAACUCCAAGAGUCUCCUGAAGAUAUGCCUGCAGGGCAGACGCCUCACACUGUCAUCCUUUUUGCUCACAAUGAUCUUGUUGACAAGGUUCAGCCUGGAGACAGAGUGAAUGUUACAGGUAUCUAUCGAGCUGUUCCUAUCCGAGUCAAUUCAAGAGUAAGUAAUGUGAAGUCUGUCUACAAAACCCACAUUGAUGUCAUUCACUAUCGGAAAACUGAUGCAAAACGCCUGCAUGGCUUUGAUGAAGAAGCAGAGCAGAAACUUUUUUCAGAGAAACGGGUGGAAUUGCUCAAGGAACUUUCUAGAAAGCCAGACAUUUAUGAGAGACUUGCUUCAGCCUUGGCUCCAAGUAUUUAUGAACAUGAAGAUAUAAAGAAGGGAAUCUUGCUUCAGCUCUUUGGUGGAACAAGAAAGGAUUUUAGUCACACAGGAAGAGGCAAAUUUCGUGCUGAGAUCAACAUCCUGUUGUGUGGUGAUCCUGGGACCAGCAAGUCCCAGCUGCUGCAGUAUGUGUACAAUCUAGUCCCCAGGGGCCAGUACACAUCUGGGAAAGGCUCCAGUGCAGUAGGCCUCACUGCAUACGUGAUGAAAGACCCUGAGACGAGGCAGCUUGUCUUGCAGACUGGUGCUCUUGUUCUGAGUGACAAUGGUAUCUGCUGUAUUGAUGAAUUUGACAAGAUGAAUGAAAGUACAAGAUCAGUACUUCAUGAAGUCAUGGAACAGCAGACUCUUUCAAUUGCAAAGGCUGGGAUUAUUUGUCAGCUCAAUGCUCGCACCUCUAUCCUGGCAGCAGCAAAUCCUAUUGAGUCUCAAUGGAAUCCUAAAAAAACGACCAUUGAAAAUAUCCAGCUACCUCACACUUUAUUAUCGAGGUUUGAUUUGAUAUUCCUCAUGCUGGAUCCUCAGGACGAAGCCUAUGAUAGGCGUCUGGCCCACCACCUUGUCGCUUUAUACUACCAGAGUGAGGAGCAAGUGGAAGAGGAGUUCAUGGACAUGGCAGUGCUAAAGGACUACAUUGCUUAUGCCCACAGCAUGGUCAUGCCUCGUCUGAGCCAAGAAGCCAGCCAGGCUCUCAUUGAGGCUUAUGUAGACAUGAGGAAGAUUGGUAGCAGCCGAGGAAUGGUUUCUGCGUACCCUCGACAGCUGGAAUCAUUAAUUCGAUUAGCAGAAGCCCACGCUAAAGUACGAUUCUCAAGUAAAGUUGAAGGAGUUGAUGUUGAAGAAGCAAAACGCCUCCAUCGGGAAGCUCUAAAGCAGUCUGCCACUGACCCCCGGACUGGCAUUGUGGACAUAUCUAUUCUAACUACAGGAAUGAGUGCCACCUCUCGUAAACGGAAAGAAGAGUUAGCUGAAGCAUUGAAAAAACUUAUUUUAUCUAAGGGCAAAACACCAGCUCUAAAAUAUCAGCAACUCUUUGAAGAUAUCCGGGGACAGUCUGACAUAGCUAUUACCAAAGAUAUGUUUGAAGAAGCCCUGCGUGCCUUGGCUGAUGAUGACUUCUUAACAGUAACUGGCAAAACUGUCCGCUUGCUCUGAAGCUCUAAGGUGUUGUACUUGUGUGCCUAUGUGUGCAGCAUAGAGGCCAAUGAGCUGCCACUGUUGCUGUCCGUGGAAAUAGAUUCUUAAAGUCAUUAUUUGGCUCCAUAAAAAUCUUCUAACCUGGGUUCAGUGAAGUGGGUGUUUUCGCUUAUUUAACAUCCUUAGUGAAAAUACUGUGCCAAUUUACAGUUGAGGUUAUUUUUUUUAAGUGCCAUUAUUUUAGCACCAGGGUUUUUAAUGUGUAUUUCCAUAUAUAUGUAUGUAUGUAUAUGUUAGGAUGUCAGUCUUUUUUGGAGAUGGCAGUCUGAGUCACGGGUCAUGGUUUUGUGCUGAACUUUCUAAAGGCAAUCAUCCAUAUGCUUGAAGUUUUUGUAAUAUGAGAUAAAACUUAGCCAGGGCUUAUCAUUCAGUAUGAGGUAAUGAAGGACCAGAGCUUUCUCCCUCUUAAAACUCUCAAGUGUAAUUCCUUCUAGAGGCUUAUUCUCAUGGCUCCCAUAAGAUUAAAAAAAUGGGUGGUUGUAAAUGAUUAAGGUUUAGGUUAACUUCUACUUUAUCCUAAUAUGUAAACUUUUUCCUAAAUAAAUGAUUGAUUAAGUAA